GCAGGAGCUCAGGACGGGAUUACAAUUACUGGAGUCUGCCCGAGAUUAUGCUUCUUCUUACUGCCGGCAGCCCUGGCACUAGCACCGCCGCUCUUCUGCUCCCCUUGGGAUACUUUACUGACGGACAAGCUGUGGAUUUCAUUUGUUGGCCAAGGAUAUUACGAUCCAUAGAACAGCCACUAAAGAGUUACAGCAGUGCUGGUGGAACAGACGCUAUGGAAGACCACAUAGGUUGGUCUAGUCUAUAGGAUGGUAGCACACAGUAAGGUGGAAGCAGAUAAUGCAGUUGCAGAUAGAAGAUCUCCGCACCUGGAAGCUUCAGUCUCUGAUCGUUCACAAAUCCAGCCUGCCAGAGCACUCCAUCCCAGCCCAGGACGUGCCACUCCUGCUUUGCUGCUCAGCGAUACCCACUUCCGCACCUUCCGCUCGCACUCGGAUUUCACUGCCAUCACCAAGACCAGUAGUAUGCUGGAUACCUGUGGCUUCUACUGGGGGCCUAUGGAUGUCAACAUGGCUCACAACAAGCUAAAAUUGGAGCCCGUAGGUACCUUCCUCAUCAGGGACAGUAGGCAAAAGAACUGUUUCUUUGCAAUCAGUGUUAAAACUGCCAAGGAAACUGUCAGCAUCCGGAUUAAGUUUCAUGCUGGGAAAUUCAGUCUAGAUGGCAGCAAAGAGUCAUUCAGUUGCCUCUUACAGCUGGUGGAACAUUACAUGACUUCACCCAAAAAGAUGCUGAUUUCUCCUUUAAGGAAAGUCCGGUUACGACCUUUGCAAGAACUCUGCCGGAAAAGCAUCGUAGACACUUUUGGGAGGCAAAACCUGGACAGCAUCCCCUUAAACAGGGUGUUAAAGGACUACCUAAAGUCUUUCCCAUUUCGGAUCUAACACAGGGCAUUAACGACCUUGGACACAAAUACAAAACGCGUUACAAACGCCACUUCUGUGGAUUAUUUUUUUGAAAACCUUAUUUAACUGUGGUCAAGUUUAUUUUUGUAGCAAUUUUAACUGUAUUUUGGGAUGAAACUUGAACACUUGACUUUUUAAUGUUUACAUAAAAAAUAUCGUUUGCACAAAGUAACAAGGUUGAUAACCCCUUGACAUAUUCGUCUGCUGUGCAGAGCCCAAUUUAAUUACAUUUUAAGUAAUUAACUUUAAUAAAAUUUAUUAUGAAAUAUUCAGAAA